AUGGCACCACCUUUGGGGCACAGCCUCCUUCUGGCCAGCACGCUGGGCAUCUUUGUACUCCACAGCUUCUCGAGUGGGCAGAAGAACAGCAUGCUGAUUUUCACGAAGGAAAACACCAUUUGGAACUGUAGCUGCUCUGCGGACGCCCAGGACUGUGACUACAGUUUGGCCAACCUGAGGUGCAGCUGCAACACCAUGCUACCUUUGGCCCUUGAGCAAGCCAGCCACAUCGACCAUCUGACCAUCUGGUUCACCGAUGCAUCUGCCCUGGGCCUCCUGUUGAACUUCACGCUGGUCCAGGACCUGAAGCUUUCUCUGUGCAGUACCAGCACUCUCCCCGCUGAGCACCUGGCCAUCUGUGGUCUGAAGAGGCUUCGCGUCAACACCGAGGCCAGGCGCCUGUCACCAGAGCAGAGCCUACUCAUCUACAACGGCGAGGAAAGUGAACCCAGACAGAAGCCUGUGUGGUUUCGAAGAGGCUGGCAAACAUAUAUGUACAUCUCAUUCUUAGAUAUGGCACUUUUCAACAGGAGGUCAUCCUUAAAAGCCUACAGUAUUGAAGACGUUGCCCGCAUUGCCAACCAUUUUCCUUACUUGUCUUACUUCGAAACCUUCCCGAUUUUAAGCAAUAGGAGCUAUGUCAUCACGUUCAUUUACUAACGUUGUAAAAGAGGCCAACCGCCAGGAACUUUGGCACACUAUGGAUAACUUGAACAAGGAAUCUGGGAACGAGGCCAUGGGUAGCCUUACCUACAACUUCACCUGUCUGCCCAGCCCCCAUUCACCACAGAGCCACACGUACAACCAGCCCUCUCUGCUCUCCUCUCUGCCCAACCACGGGAGCUGUUUCGAGAAACAAAAGAAAAAGAAACAAACAAACAAACAAACAAAACCACCCCCCAAAACCAACCAAACAAACAGAACGACUUGAGUCCAGAAGGUCUUAAGAGCAGCCAGAGGUUGGGUCUGUGGAGAAAUAUCAGAUCAGAAAUGGAGAAAGCGCACACCAAGGACUGCCUAGAGGAACUCAGCACAGAGGAUGACCCCCAAGGAAGGUAUCUUCCUUCAAAAUACUGCCUUCAUUUCUUUUCUGCUUCCUUUUGUUGCUUUGACUGGACUUCCCCUAAGAAGAGGAUAGAUUUCAGAGGCUUCAGGACUGUGAGUCCCACAAAAUGAUUAGGUUCUCUUAGACUGGUAUUUCCCAAAUAUCUCUUAGACUGAUACUCGCUAAGAAUAUAUGCGCUGAGGAAGGGGAGUUUCGAGAGUGGAACAGGUCAGGUUAGGGUGGGACCUUAGGACCAAAUGAGAGCAUUAGGGUUCGAGGAGUGUGAUACAGAAAUGAAAACCAGAGCACACAAAACCCAAUGGCAUAUAUCUCAAAAUUUUGCUUAGAGCAAGGCCUAAACCCAGGGAGUUUCUCUCUUGUAUCCCUUUUCUUUCAUUCUUUCUUUCUUUGCCUUCUUCUAUCUUUGUCCCCACUGUACCACUUCGCCUUUCUCCUCCCAUUUUCCUCAUCCCCCCUUCUUCUGCUCCAGAAAUAAGAACUUAGAUUAGUACCAUUAGAACUGCAUUUAACACCACCAGGGGCUAGCCUGGGAAUCUAAUAAUCAUGUAUAACGUUACGGACAAAAAUGCUCAUAUGACUAAAAGAUAAUUAACAAAAGAAAUUUUAGGGCUCA